GGGAUUUGGGGGGGAUGCUCUGAUCCCAGAGGGGGACAAAUCCCUGUUGGAUCUGAUCCGGGGGUGUCACCUCCCCUGUCCCCAAUCCCGGGGGUGUCACCUCCCCUUGUCCCCAAUCCCGGGGUGUCACCUCCCCCUGUCCCCAAUCCCGGGCUGUCACCUCCCCGGUCCCCCAGCCCCGAUCCCGAUGUCCCCAGGGGUGCCAGACCCCCCCAGGAACCCCUCGGGGGUCCCUCGGUGUCCCCUCGAGGUGCCCGGACCCCCGGGUGCCCCCCCCGGGGAUGUCCCCUCUGUCCCCGCCUUGGGGACGCGGCGGCUCUGGAGCGGACGGCGGAGCCAGGGCGGGUGAGUGUCCCCUGAGCUGUCCCCACGUCUGUCCCCAACCCCUGCAUGCUCCAGAGCCGCUCUCAGCCCUCCCUGUCCCCUCUGUCACUCGGGGGUGGCACCGGGGUCACCAACGUGUCACCCCAGGGACAGCGAGGGGUCCCCUGUGCCACCCUUGGGUCCCCUUGUGCCACCCUUAGGUCCCCAUGUGCCACCCUUGGGAUCCUCUGUGCCACCCUUGGGUCCCCUUGUGCCACCCUUGGGUCCCCAUGUGCCACUCUGGGUCACCCUGUGCCACCAUUGGGAUCCUCUGUGCCACCCUUGGGUCCCCCUUGUGCCACCCUUGGGUCCCCAUGUGCCACUCUGGGUCACCCUGUGCCACCCUUGGGUCCCCUGUGCCACCCUUGGGAUCCUCUGUGCCACCCUUGGGUCCCCAUGUGCCACUCUGGGUCCCCCUGUGCCACCCUUGGGUCCCCCUGUGCCACCCUUGGGGUCCCCAUGUGCCACCCUGGGUCCCCCUGUGCCACCCUUGGGAUCCUCUGUGCCACCCUUGGGUCCCCAUGUGCCACCCUUAGGUCCCCAUAUGCCACCUUGGGGUCCUCUGUGCCACCCUGGGUCCCCAUGUGCCACCCUUGGGAUCCUCUGUGCCACCCUUGGGAUCCUCUGUGCCACCCUGGGGUCCCCAUGUGCCACCCUGGGUCCCCUGUGCCACCCUUGGGGUCCCCAUGUGCCACUCUGGGUCCCCCUGUGCCACCCUUGGGUCCCUCUGUGCCACCCUUGGGGUCCCCAUGUGCCACUCUGGGUCCCCAUGUGCCACCCUUGGGUCUCUCUGUGCCACCCUUGGGUGACAGCGGUGGCACCUUUGGCCGGGGGGUCCCUUUGUCCCCCUGUCCCCGGGGGUGGCCCUGGGGGGGCUCUCGUGUCCCCCGGGGGCGUCGGGGACAAAACCCAAAGCGAGGAAAUGAGCCGCGAGAAAAAGAAAUAAUCUCGAGUUUGCACUUCAGCCUCCCCGACCCCCCCUCCCCGAUUUUUCGUGGUUUUGGUGAAUUUUGGUCACAAUUCCCCUUUUUCCCCAACUCUGAGCCUUUCCCGCUCCUCUCGUGCAAUUCCCCCGAUUGGGGGGGUCCCAAAUCCCCCAAAUCCCCCAAAUCCCCCCAAAUUCCCCCAAACCAGGGGGAGACCCCGACCCCAAACCAGGGGGGACCCAACCCCUGAAUUCCAAGGGGGGGGGACCCCAACCCAUAAAUUGUAAUGGGGGGGACCCCAACCCACCCUGCAUUGGAGGAGGGGUCCCCCCUCUCCAGCCCCCUCCCCAAAUUCAAUGAGCACUUACCCCGGGGGGGGUUGGACCCCCCAAAAUCCCCCCCGGGACCCCUCCCCAGAGGCAAAGGACAAAUGGGGUGAAUUCUGAUGUUUUGGGGUGGGGGGGUUAAUGGGGUUUUCUAUUCAGAAUUUUGGGGUGUUUUCCUUGGCUUUGAUCAUUUCCAGCUGCUCCCCCCUUCCCCCGCCCCCCUCCCCAAUUUUCCUCUUUUCCCAUUUUUCCCUUUUCCUUCCCCAAAAUCCUCCUCACCCCGGGAGCACUUUGACAAAUCGGGUUUUUGGGGCUAAAACCUGAAUUUUUGGGUUAUUUUAGGGUUGUUUUGUUUUUUACUUUUUUCUGGGGGGGAGUCAUUCCCUCUCCACCCCCCCCCCAAGUGCCACUGCCCCAGGGCUGAGUUUUUCAUUGAAAAAAACAAAAUUUUAAAAACCCUAAAACAAAAAAAACAAAAAAAAAAAAAAGGGAUUUUCACCCACGCAAAUGGUGAAAACCUGGAAAAAAAUCCCAAACCCAAGUGCAAUAGUGGGGGGGGGGGGAACUCUUGGUGCUAUAAAUGAAAAUGAUCCUGGGCAAUUCCCACCCCCCAAAAAUCCACCCCAAACCCCAAAAUUGAUUCCCAGGAUUGGGGGGAAGGGGGGGGAUAUUCCCAACCCCAAAAUGACCCCAAAUCCCUUCCCGGGGCUCCUGAGCAGUUCCAACCCAACCCCCACCCCCAAAAAUGGACCCCCCCAGUCCCAAACCUGCCCCCCAAACCCUUCCUGGGAUCCCAGGCAGUUCCCCCCCCCCAAUCCCGGAAUUCCAGGGGGGAAUUUGGAUCCGUGUCCAACCCCCAGCAUCGGUUUAUCCCUAUUUUUAUUAUUAUUAUUAUUAUAAUUAUUAUUAUUUUUGGCUUGCCCCCCCCCCUUGUCCACCCCCUCCUGGGCUGUUGAUAUCCCCGAAAAUUCCCUUUUUUUAUUCCCAGCUCCAAACUUUGAGGAUUUUUCCUGCUUUUUUUUUUUGUUUCCCGCCUAGGGGUAGAUCCGCUUGUGAAAACGCUUUUUUUUGGGGGGGGUUUCAGUUUUGGGGGAGGGUUUUAUUUUUAAUUUUUUUUUUUUUGGUUCCUCCAAAGGCAUUUCCCAUUUCCCAUCCCCAAAUUCCCAACCCCGAAUUCCCCCGAUCCCCCCCAGUCCCCGUUUUGCUUCCGCUCUCGCUGCCGAUAUAACCAGGACUCAUCCGUGUAUAUAAAAAAAAAAACUUGAGCUGUUUCUUGACACAUUAAAAAAAAAGAAAAAAGGUC